CACAAAGAGAGAGGCGCCUUUUCUGAGCUCAUGUCGUCAGGCAAAAAAAAUAGGCAUCACCUCCAGUAGGCCAACGCUGUUUUCAGCCCAAAUAUAACAUAUAUAGGCAAAACACGUCGCCAAAAAUUAACGUUAACCCUGAAAAGCUGAAUUACACAUCAUGGCUACUAAAAAGAAGCGAACGCCUAAUGUACACAACGACAGCUGGGUUGUCAUUGCCGCAGAACCAGUCGUCGAUACACAGAAACACGAGAGUGACCCAGCUUUUGUGCGAUUAAGGAAUCCCUCUACAGAUGCGGCUUCUCUGUAUAUGCUGAGUAGUGAUGAUGUACAGCUGUUUGAGGUCAAAGCAUUUGAAGAAGAUUUCCACUCUUGGUUUGUUGGUCAGGCAGUACAGAGAGAUGGGAGACUGCUCUUUGUAACACCAAUGGAUCCUCUCUAUCUAAUCUUGCCCUAUUUGAUUAAAUCUGGCAGAGAGGGGAAGUUCCAGCCAGUAGAUCAAGUUGUUAUGGAUGAGGAAUUCCCAGCUUGUUCAAGGCUGCUGAGCUGCACACGCUCCCUGGCCUCCCUGCAUCACGUUGCCGAGGAAAAAGAGGUGGGAAAACUGAAGUUUCAUCGUUACAGUCCAGAGAAGACAAUGAACUGGUUGAAGAAAAAGGUAGAGAGGACAGUCCUCGCACUCAAAGCGAGAAAUAUCUCUGUGGGAGAAGGAGUCAAAUCCUCAACAUACAUCAGAGUAAAGUCAGAGUCAGACUACCAUGAGGAGGACUACCUGCGUUACGCCCAUGGCCUGAUAUCAGAGUAUAUCAGUGAAGACCUGAGCAAAGCCCUCUUCAAACACUUGCAGUUACCAGAACUCACAAGCCCAAAGGAGACAGAACCUCCUUCUAAGAAGCGGAAACUUUCAGACAAACCGGUGGAGGCCGGAGAGGACUACACCAAAUUCAACAGUGCAGACUAUGCGCGGAAACCGCCCAAGAAGAUGACUGCUGCUCAGAAAAGUCUGGCUAAGGUAGACAAGACUGGCAUGAAGACUAUGUCAUCCUUCUUUAGCCCCAAGGGCAAAGCAGAAAAGAAAUGAAUGAGUAUAUAGUUACUGGUUUUGUAUGACGCAUUUGUAAUAAAGAAAAAAAAAUGGA